AUGGACAAACUGUCUGUCUUUUUGUUUGUUCUUUCCUUUUCCACCAUUGUCAAUGCAGGUUCAGGAUCACAUUCUCUGUGGGCUCUUGCAACACACAUCAUUGGAGAGACGCCUUUCCCUGAGUUUACGGUUGUGGUGAUGUUAGAUGAUGUUCAAGUGGGUUACUAUGACUCCAACAUGAAAGAAUUUAUCUACAGUGGACUUAACCCAACGGACAAAAUACAUGAUGACGUAGCUCAGGACGGAGCUUAUGUAUUUGGAACUAUAUACCAGAGCAUUAAAGAGAGAUCUUUUCAGCUAAAGCACCACUUGAAUCUCACAAGAGGUGUUCAAGUUCAGCAAAGAAUGGCUGGCUGUGAGAUGUUGGACAAUGGUGAACCAGCCAUGAUCAUGUCAAAGAACACUUUCAAUGCCAUUUAUACAGAUCGAAUGUUAUAUUACAACAUGACACAUUUUACAUAUGAUGCUGGGAAACUACUACCAGGAUGGGAUGGGAUAAGGCAAGCAUAUCUUAGAACACUUUUUGAGAAUGUUUAUCUUCCCAUUUGCAUCAAAACAAUGAAGACAUUCCUGAAGAGAGAGAAGAACAUUGUGAUGCGUAAAGUUCCUCCCAGACUCAGGUUGAUAAAUAAAGAGGUUUCUGGAGGGCUCCAGGUGAGCUGCCUGGCGUUUGGUUUCUACCCCCGCCACAUCAACCUGACCCUGCUGAGAGACGGCCAGCCAGUGGCAGAACAGGAGCUGACAGGGGGGGAGGUGCUGCCUAGUGGAGAUGGGACCUACCAGCUGAGGAAGAGUCUGGAGGUCAGUACUGAGGAGCUAAAGAAGAGACACGACUACACCUGUACUGCCUCUCACCUCAGUCUGGACAACAAGCUGGAUGUCAGCUGGGAGUCUGGAGCAGAGAAAGUUCACCUAUCCACCCUCUCAGUUCUACUGGUGAUGCUGCUGAUUGUUAUUCUAUUGGGCAUUUUCAUUUGUGUCAAAAGGAGGAGAUGCACUGCAUCAUAGGCAUUUGUCACAAGUUGCCAACAUGGAGGACAUUAACCUGUCUUCAGAUUCUGCGACAUAAUGAACAGAUCAUCAUUUACUGGGGGGAGGAUUGGUCCAAAAUAGGGGAGGUUUUGUUAAACUUCUUUUUUAAUUAUUUUUUUGC